GUCGCUGCAUCCCCGGCGUCUACUCUGGACUUGAAUUCAUCGCCUAUCGCUCAUAUCCCUCUCUCUCGCAUCGAUCAUCUCCCCCUCCCCAACCUCGACCUGCCCUUUGUCACCGUCGUCGCCUCGAGUCUGCCUGAGCACUGUUUACACUUCGGCACCACCCUGUCCUUGUUUUUGUCUUCCCACAAUCGUAUUGUCGCCCUGCCUCGCUUGUCUCACUCACGCAUUCUUUGUGCAUUUGGCGGUACAUUCACUCAUCAAUCAGACUCUUUGAUCUGGAUCCCUCAGUUCGUGUCUUUGGCGUUGCAAUUGGCCUUGGCGUUGUCGCAUUUGUCUGUCUUGACACCAAAGCAAGCGCCGAGUGAACUCCAUCCUUGUGUCGACUUCCCAUCUUGAACGAACGCUCUUCUCAGCGUAUCCUCCGUGAUCAUGACUGAUCAACCUCUUCUAAAAAAGGCGUGCCUCGAGCCUGCCGCCGAAAUCGCGGUGCCCAGCUCUCCAAUCCCAGCCCGAAGCAGCCUGUCCGCAUCCCCCGAUGAUCUACCACUCUCAAUAAAUCCCUCGGAGAAAACCAAGUUUGCAUCUCCACAGCCACCUGCCUCGUCGUCCGAGAUGACUCCUCCCCCUUCACGAAAUGCUCCACACGAAUCCACGCCUGUCCGCGCCUUUUCUGAACAUAGCCCUUUCCUCGUGUCGCCGCCCGCAACCGUGAAUCAGACUCUCUGCGUUGCCUAUGGCGCAUCAGAGAGCUUACCAACCUCAACAGACAUCGAGGACGCAGAUACCGAAUCACUUCGAAAGAUGGCAAAGGGGCUCUUGGCUGUGGCCCAAGAGUCACGCAUGUCGGCUGCACACUUUAAACUUCAACAUAGCCUUCUCUCUCUGACAAGCAGCGAAGCGAUCAAGCGAGCUGAGGUCGAACAGCAGCUUGCUAAGAGAGAGAUUGAAAUCUUGCAGAGCGCCGAUUAUCGUUCCCGGCAGAACCUCAUGCGACAGACCUCUCCUCAUCCCCAGCUCAACGCCGACCUAGAGGCUGCCGUGCAUCGAAUCAAGGAACUAGAACACGCAAAUAUGACAUUAGAUCGAAGACUACGCCGCGCUAAAAAACUCAUCGAGGAGCAUGCUGGCAAAUAUGGACUCCUGGAGGAGGAAAACGGCCUUCUCAAACAGCGCAUCCGGGAGAACCGAGUGCACUUUACCCAGCUGAUGGACCAAGGGUCCAUUUCUUCAAGCCCUCGUACCGAAUUUAACACUCCACACCGCAAGCCGAUCCCGGAUGGUGCUCGUUCUCAUAUCAGCAGAGUCGGCAGUCAUCAUCCAUUCGCGGCUCUCCUUGCUGCUGACCAGGUCCUCAACGGAGAAUCUGCCGGUAUUAAGUCUCCCGUAUCAAAGAAAACCUCUCAGAAGAACCACGGUCAUGCUCGUGGAACGCAUUCGCUCUCGUCCUUGCCCACGACUCCCCAGCGUAAUUCUGUGGGCAACGAUCGAAUCCAUUUCUUUACUCCGAUCAAUAAACGAUCCACAGCCCCGCCUUUGAGCCACGCUGCCAUUGAUGAAGACGACGAACGCGACCGCCACGAUCGUGACAGCACAAUCUCGGCCUCCGACAUUGAAGAAGCAGUGACCGAUGAAGAUGUCCCCGCUUCCCAAGCAAGUUCUCUCGCUACUAGUAUGCUACGUCGUUUUCCCCGUAGCAGUCAAGAAGAACCAUCAAUCCCAGUAAACAUUGGCAAAUCGAGCACCCUUCUUCAGGCUAAACUCUUCGGCCAAGUCAAGAAAGCCGGCGUUGAGCGCCCCAGCGGCAAUCUGAAGCGCAAGCGUAGCACUGAAGAGAAGAUGAUGUCUCCCAAGAAAUUUCGUGGUGCAGAGUCUGUCUGCCUUGAUGUGGAAUCCUGA